GCUUGGACUCGAAUUUUCUGGUGAUACAAAAAUCUGAUUUCCUUUCCGUUCCGUCGUAUUUCGACUCGACUUUUGAACUAAAGACAAUUAUGUAUUAAAAAUAAUCUAUCUUGAAUUCCUUGUCUCGAAUGGAUAAAUAGUGCAUUACAGUUAAAGGGAAGUAAUUGCAAAAGAUUUUAGAUAAUUUGCCCUUUUGGUACGUAUGGAUGGAACCUUGAAAACGAUAUUAUCACAUAAAGUGACAUAAUAUGCUACCAUAGAGCUGUAUAGAAUGUAAGUGACGGACUCAACAGAUAGUUCUCAUGAUGGCAAGUGGAAACCAUCACCAAUAAACAUUUAGCAGGAUAAGCAGACUAAAACAAAUAUUCAAAAUGUCAUCAAGCACAACAAAAAAGAGCUCCCCAAGAGCAAUGCCAGUGGAGACCAUUGUAACGAGAUACAAAUCCAAACAACAACUUCAGGAUAACAAAAAGUCCAAAAAAAUCCAAAAACCACAAGUGAAAAACCCAAAACAAGUCAGGAAAAUAAUAAAAAAAGUUAAACAAAAGCCAGUACCAGUCAUAGUGAUUGAAGAUGAUGGUGAAUUUUAUCCGCAGAAGCUCAAAAGGAAUGUGGAGAAUAAAAAAGUUAUUUUAAAACCUAAACCGAACCUCAAACUUAUUGGAGGGAUGAACAGUUGUAACAAGAGGAAGUUACGGAUGCCACAAAAAGAAGCAAAAUGCAUCAAGUAUGAUUCAGAUUCGUCUAGCGAUAUUGUUCCUUAUUCCCCUAAACCCACGGAGGAGACGGAGCUGAGCGUCAUGGACAUGAUACUGCUCAUAGAAGAGAAGGGCUUGGACGACGAGGAUAUGUUGGAGAUACUGACUUGCCCCAGCCCUGUGUGGUGGGAGGAUCCUCUCGAUGGGUAUAUAGAAGAACCCAUAUUUACAAGAUUAAAGCCCGCGCAGCAGAAAAGCAUUAAGAACCAACUUCAAGAAGAGCAAAACAAAGAAGCUGAGAGAAGGAAACAAAGGGAUAUGGAUUUAUUUUUAGCGUCCAAAGAUUCGGGAAAUCUUGUUAUAUCUGAAACAGAUAUACAUAUUGAAAAUCGUGGUGUCAACUUUGUUAAUAAACGUGGCAAACUAGAAUCAUUGUUAGGUGUUAUUAAAAAAAUAAAAAAAGACAGCAAUUACUUAAACCAAGAUAAUAAUGCUGCAACUACCGACAUUACUAAUAAUUGUGAUAGUGAAUUAAAUAAAAACAAUAACCUUAUUACAGAAUCCAAAUCAAAAUGUAUUGAAGUUGGGGAUUUCAAUAAAAAUAGAGAUAUUACUAAUAAAACAAAUGAAAGCGACAUAUCUGUAUCUGGAACAAAUGAAAUACCAGACAAAGAUAUUGCAGAUUCGGUGAAAAACAAUGAGGAAGAUAAUGAAAUUGAAAAACAUUUUCUAAGUGAUGUAAAUGAAAUUACUAGUAAGAAAAUUCAAAAGGAAAUAAAUGUAAGUAAAGGCGACGUAAUAAAACUAAAGAGUGAUGUAACAUCUGAUGAAGUAUUAAAUGAUUUAAAUAUAAACAACAAUUUUAUUACAAAAUCCAAACUUGAAAAUAAAGAUGAAUCAAAAAUUAUUGAGAAUAGCGAACGAAUAGUAAGUGCCAUCUCUAUACCUAAAGCAAAAAAUGUAGAACCAUUCCAAGAUUCUAAAGAUUCUGUGAAAAAUAUUGAAACAGCAAUUGAAAUUGGAAAAAGAAAUCAAAACGAUGCCAAUCAAGAUAAUAAGACUAAGACUAAGAAUAACACUUGUAAAAAAAAACGAAGAAAAAUUAAUAUAAGGAAAGAAGCUGUAAUAAAAUUGAGCGAUGAUGUUAAAGCUUUUAGUAUUUUAAACCUAAACGAAUAUCUUACUACUGAACUUAAUCCAGAUAAUACUGAAGUAGCGGAAUUAAAUAAACAUGGUAUGGAAAAUUGCGAUGAAAAUGUUGAUAAUACAGAUAACAGAGAUAUUUCUAUACAUUUAGCGAAAAAUGUAGGACCAAACAAAGAUUCCAUGGAAAAUAUUGAAAAAGGUAUUCCAAUUGAAAAUAACUUUAUAAGCAACGCUAAAGUUAGAGAAGCGAAAAACGAUAUAAAUAACACUAGUGGAAAAAAUCUAAAGGAAAUAAAUAUAUGUAAAGGAAAAAUAAUAAAACUAAAGCGUGACGUUGUUGAUAAUCAUACAAAUAAAAGUAACAAAUUUCUAUUAAAGCUGAAAAGUAACGAAGCACAUUUAAAUACCACAGAUGCUGAAAAAAAUAUUGAAAAAUCUAUUGACAUUGAAAAAAACGUUUCAAACAAUGCAAGUCAAGUAAGCGAAGCGCUUAAAUUGAACGACAGCAAUGAAAUUAGUAAUCAAAAUCACACUACAAUUAAUGCGAAUAAAAAAGAAACUAAAAAUAAUGAUGUUGCCAUACAAAAUAAGAAUAAUAAUUCAAUUUUAGAUAUGGAUGUAACCAACGUUAACAGGGAAAAGAAAAGUUCCGAAUCAUCGGAAGAUCAUCUACUAGAUUUAGAAGAAAUACUCAGGUUAGAGAACAUAGAAAUUCCAAUUGCUCCAAUUACGACUCAAAGCGAAAAGAACGAAUCUUGUGUCGAAUUAAAUGAAACGAUUGACCACCAACCAACCGUAAAAGAAAUAUCACCAGCUAAUAUUCAUAAAAUAAUCCGUGAUGGAUGCACUAAAUUACCUUCAUAUAAUUCUGAAGAAGAAGAAGAAAAAACUGAGAAUGUUGAAAAGCGUAUAACGGAAGCAAUAAUAAAGUCUACUAACAAAAAUGAAGCCAAAAAAGUCGAUACCAUGAAGAAAGUUACGUACUUACGUGUUAGAAAACUCGGCACAUUAAACAGUACUAGUAAUACUUUAGCUGAAAUGAUUUCUACUAAUAUCGACGAUAAAAUAGAAAAUAAUACUCCAUUCGCUACAAAGACAAGUCGCGUGAAUGAUGUUUUUAUGGAAACUGAAAAUUCGGAUGCCAAAAGCAAUAGACGCUUAAUGCAACUACCAAAUUCAAACAAUACUCACACUAUAGAUACAAAAGAUAGCUUAAGUUCAGAUAAAAAUUCUUCAAAAGCAGGAACCUUUGAAUCAAACAGUAUAAAUAAUGUAUUUGAUGUAAGCCAAGAAGCUGGUACUGAAAAUAAAGAUGAUACAGAAAUGAACUUCACUGACAAUCCUGUAAAAAUGAAUAAGAUUUAUAAUUCAAACAAUAAUAAUAAAUCCGUUUUCCAAACAGAUAGUGAAGUAAAUGAAACUAAUUUAAGCAAAGCUAUAAAUAAAGAUGACAUCUCUGAUAAGUUUGUUCAAAAUAAAAAUAAAGCCAAUUCAAGUAAUAAUGAUAUUAGUUCUGCUAUCCAAAUGGUUAGUGAAUUAAAUGAAGCUGAUCUAGGUAACAAUGACGUAACAAUUGAAAGCGAAGUUUUUAGUAAAAUAAGAAGAUAUUCAACAGAUUCAGCAACAAGUGACAAAAACAUGUCCAUUGAAUAUCUCGAUAUGAGCAUAUUAGAUGAAGAUGAAACAGAUAAAACAAAUCCAUUAACCCAAAAGCCAAAUAAUGAUCCAGAUUUAAUGAAACCUAAUAAUUUAAAUAAUGAAGAUUCUGAACCAAAUUACAAUGAAGAAUAUUUAAUAGUCGAUGAAGAUCUAAUUAACACGGAAUGUACUAAAGAAAUUGUCAGUAUGAAGCAUGUGAAACAUAUGGGACACGUUUUAAUUAAACAUCAAGGGAAAACCAUGAAAAUCAGCGAAGUUAAAGGUGCCAUACAAAAAAUUAAUAUUGAUACAGAAGAUAAAUGCAAUGAUACAUUAAAAAAUAGUGAAAAAGCUGUUAAAUGUACAAGCAAAAAUAAAGAUAUUAACAAAAUAAGUAAUACCAAAGUUAUAGAAUCAAAUAUAAUAAAAAAAUCUGUUUGUAAUUCGUGUGAUUGUUCAAAAAAAUCAAUUUUAAUAUCCGAUAGUGAUGUUAAAUAUUGCACAGUGUGUUCUUCGAUAUAUGACACAGAUAAUUGUAAAUAUUGUGUGAAGAUGAACAAACUCAGUCCGUGCAAUUGUGAAGUGUAUAUAUGUGAUAGAUGUUGUAUAAAACUUGAUAAUAAACAUGACAUUAUAGAUCAUUUGAAGAAAUGUGAAAUCGUUAGAUAAUUAACCUUUCAUUUCAUAGGGAUGAUGACAGUUUUUUAAAUUGUAUAUAAAUUAAGAGUAUGCUAAUAGUAAAGCAAUUGUGUAAAAGUAACAGGGUAUCUGCGAUCAUUACUUUCGGAGCUACAGGGAUUUAAAGGGUCAGAUUUGCGGCGCUGCCGCGGAUCCCUGAAAAACGCCCCAUACAAAAUGGUACGAAUUAAUGACGUCGUAGGUACAUACUGAUCGUUAGAUUUGAUGGCCGUUCAAACAAAAUUACUAAUAUCUUUGUUAUUUGUGCGUUUAUGUUUAUAGUUCUAAUAUUAAAAAUGUCACAUUUAAUGUAAAGAAGCUGAAACUGAAUGAAUUUUCAUCUAAUUACGAUGAAAGUUUUUUAAAAUUUUAUAAUCUUAUUUAUUUUGCAAGUAUCCAGACAAUCUUUGCUAUUUAUGUAUAAAUUAGUUAACAUUGAUCUUAUUUACCCGAAUGUAUCAUAAAAAUCAAUAUAUUCAAAUAGUCAUCAUCCCCAUUGUCUGUAGCUUUUUGAGGGGGAGGAGGUAAACUCACACAUAGAAAAUAUUUAACACCAAUAAACAUAUCCUAUGUCCUUACACUACACACAACUAUAAAUUUUACCGCACUUAUAUCAUAUUCUAGUAUUCCGUAAAAAAGCAGUGUUUGCUUUUUUCUAUACAGCCAUAAUAGUAGAUUUUUAUUAUAAAAUGCUUUAAAUGAUGAUUGAUGGAUGGAUAUAUGUAUAUAGACAAAACUAGUCCAAGUCAUAUAUCUAUUAGUCUAAAAUCAUUAUUAGAAACGACCUUUACCCAUCAGUUGAUGAUUAUAAAACACUAGCUGCGCGAUUUCACCCGCGUGGUUCCCGUUCCCGUAGGAAUACGGGGAUAAUAUAUAGCCUAUAGCCUUCCUCGAUAAAUGGGCUAUCUAACACUGAAAGAAUUUUUCAAAUCGGUCCUGUAGUUCCUGAGAUUAGCGCGUUCAAUUAAACAAACAAACUUCAGCUUUAUGUUAUUAGUAUAGAUAUGGCCUAAAAACUUCCUGGCCUAUUAAUAACCAUCAUUAGUGAUAGUUUGGCCAGGAGUUUUUGAGGCAACCUACUCGCAACAUAUUUUUUAACAUAUUAAUUUUGAUAUAAAUCACUUUCAUCUAAUAAACAGAUGGGUGAAGGUCGUAUCUAAUACGGAUGUCCUGUAUUGGAGAAAUAUUAAAAUCAAAAGUUAAAAUCACUUUCAUCUAAUAAACAGAUGGGUGAAGGUCGUAUCUAAUACGUCCUGUAUUGGAGAAAGAUUAUUUCAUUUUGGACGAUUUGUACAUAUAUUGCCUUGUUAAAUACAUUGUGCGCGCCACUGAAUGGCUUGUUACAAGGUUUUUUUUCUGUUCAAGCAAUAUGAUAGCUUUACAUAAUAUUAUUAGUAAAUUAGGCAAAUUGAAUGUAAUUCACGUAUCAUAAAUGUAUUUCUCUCUGUUUGUAUAUUUUGAAAGUUAGUUGUGAUGUAAAAAAAGAAAUAUAAAUAUAGUAAAUAUAAAUAUAAAUUAAACAUAUAUAAAAA